UCUCGCCAGGCUUCUUGCGGUUCGCAAUAUCGCCCACACAUUCAUCGAGUACCCCGAGUUUCACGCUGUUAUACUCUCCUGCAACUACAUGGCCCGGGACGUCCUCCUACGCAGUCGCAGAGCGGUACCGAAGCUUCUCGAAAAGACUUUCGCUCAACACAAACAAGGCCUCAUCAACAAGCUUUAUAAUUCUCUCUCUUCCAUGGUCCACUUCACCAUUGACAUGUGGACCUCGUCGGAACAGAAAGCAGCAUAUCAGGCAAUCGUGGUCCAUUUUGUAGAUGCGGAGACGAGAGAAGUCGCUCAAGCGUUAUUGUCACUGCGCGAGUUCAAAGGAAGCCACAGUGGGAAAUUGCAAGCCAAGGCUUUCCUGGAGGUUGUCGAAGAGUACGGCCUCAACGGAAAGAUUGGCUACUUCACGAUGGAUAAUCACGAUGCUAACGAUACUAUGCUUGACGAUGUCGCAAAAGAGAUUGAUGGGUUUGACCCGGUUGCCA